UAUAGGACAAAGUCCUUGAUAAAUGAGAGAGAGAGAGAGAGAGAGAGAGAGAGGGGUUGGUGGAUGGGAGAAGCUAGGUAGGUUGAUGUUUUGUAGUGUUGUUGCUAGCGUUUUUCUAGUUUACGGUGAGGCGGGGGAGAGGUAAAGAAGAAGGAAAAACACGCACAAACACAAUGUUUGAUGGAUUACCAGACCAGUUCCACCAAUUCAUAGUCUCAAGAACUUCACUUCCUCUCCCUCUCUCCUUCCCUCUCCUCGCCUCUGCAUCCCCCAACACCUUCCCUGCAGCUGCCUACGAUCCUUACGACAACAACCCUUCUCCUCCUCCUCCUCCUCCUCAUCAUCAUCAUCAUCAUCAUCAACUCCCCCUCCAGCCAAACCUCUUGCACCCGUUGCACCACCAAUCCCCUCCUCCCCACAAACACCAUGAACAGAAGCAACAAAACAACUCGGUGUCUGUGAAUUUGGAGAUUGAAACAGAUCAUCAUCAUCAUCAGAGAUCAAUCUCUGAGCCCCUCGAUCCAUGGAGUAACGAUGAAGUCCUUGCACUUUUGAGAAUCAGAUCUAGCGUCGAGAAUUGGCUCCCAGAAUUCACUUGGGAACAUGUCUCAAGGAAGUUAGCAGAGCUUGGUUUCAAGAGGAGUGGAGAGAAGUGCAAGGAGAAAUAUGAAGAGGAGAGUAGGUAUUUCAAUAACAACAUUAACUACAGCAAGAACUAUAGGUUUCUUAGCGAGCUUGAAGAGCUAUAUCAUGGCGACCAAAAGACGGAAAAACCAAAUGAUCAUCAUCAUGACCAUGAAAACUUGAGGGGGCAGAGUUUGGAGGCAGAGGAAGAGGAAGAGCAUCGGAGAGUAAGAAAGAGGAAGAGGAAGAAGAAGUUUGAGAUGCUUAAGGGGUUGUGCGAGAAAAUUGUGAGCAACAUGAUGACUCAGCAGGAGGAAAUGCAUAACAAGCUUCUUGAAGAUAUGGUGAAGAGAGAUGAAGAAAAGGUUGCAAAAGAAGAAGCUUGGAAGAAGCAAGAGAUGGAAAGGUUGAACAGAGAGCUUGAAAGUAUGGCUCAUGAACAGGCCAUUGCCGGAGAUAGACAGACAACAAUCAUCGAGCUGUUGAAGCAGUUCACGUCAACUCAUAAUUCUUGCUUUGAAGAGGAUUCUCCACAAAACCCUAUUCCUACUUCUUCUCAUCAUGAUGUCAUCAACACCCAAAACGACACCAAAACCCUAGCACGCUCUCAGAUUAACCCUAAUUGUUUGAAAGACGACCUCGGAAAGAGAUGGCCGAGGGAUGAGGUUUUGGCGCUGAUAAACCUGAGAUGCAGCCUGUAUAGCAAUGGCGGCGAGGCGGAGAAGGAGCAGACGACGACAAAGGCUCCUCUGUGGGAGAGAAUCUCGCAGGGGAUGUCGGAGAUGGGUUACAAGAGGAGUGCGAAGAGGUGCAAGGAGAAAUGGGAGAACAUAAAUAAGUACUUCAGGAAAACCAAGGAUGUUAACAAAAAGCGGUCGGUUGACUCAAGAACAUGCCCCUAUUUUCAUCAACUCACUGCUCUCUACAGUCAAGGCACGCUCGUGGCGCCGUCGGAGGUGCCGGAAAACCGUUUGCCCUCCACCGCCGCCUUGAAAAACCACUCGGCGGUUUCAGAAAUCGUGUCUGAAGGUGAGAAAAACAUGGUUCAAGUGCCAUCUUUUGAUUUUGAAUUCUAAAUAAAUAAUUGUUAUGCAUUUGUGUGUGUUAUUUAAUUAUUGUAUUUUUAAAUGAUAAUGAAGAAACUAAUAAAACGUACGGUGCUACUACUACUACUCCUACUCCUCCUUUUCUUUUUCUUUCUUUCUUUCAAAUUAUCACCCACUUAGUUUCAUACGUAAUACGAUACCGCAUGUUUUAAAUUUGUAUUUUUGUGGGCAGGCACCGACAUUUUGAGAAAUGAUUUAGUUCUUGAGUUAGAUCUAGCUAGAUAGUUUGGUUUUAUGAUUAAUUUCCAUUUAUGUUUAAGAAUUCUCCUUAAUUAGCUGUAUUAGGAAUGAGGACAUGCUGUAUGUAUGUAUAUAAUAACAAGGGGGAAAGAAUUCUGAGAA